GCGAAUGGGCAUUUCUCUGGACGACGGAGGUUGACCGUCAUCCAUCCCGCUCCCUCAACCCACGUAUCACUCUUGGUCCAUACCCCGCCAAAGACAACCGCAGAAUUAGGGAAAAGCAGAGGCAAAAGAAAGAAAGAAGGAAAGAAGGAAAGAAAGAAAAACAACAUGAAUAAAUUCAGGAAACAAGAGAUCAAUGGCAAGACCAUCUCAGAUAUUGAUGAAGUUGAACAGGGACAGGGUCUUCUGGAAGAAAGCAGCACAGACACAGACACAGACGCAAGCACAAACUUCUCACCAGCACCCAGGAGAUCACGUAGCUCCAAUUGUAGAUGGUACAGUGUUGUCAUCGGAUUCCCAGUGCUGCUAUGUGCAACCAACCUUCUUACCUUCUGGAUCACCGCUUCCACUAGACCACAAUGUCAUGCUCCGGCGUCAGUGGCGGAACCUCCAAGCCUCGCGCCGAUGCUUCGAGAUCUGAACCUCGAGACAAUACAUGUCAAGUUUGACUCAACAUUCUAUAGCCAGGGCAGCCGUUAUCGUAAGCCUCCAUCGCCGGAGACUGAUGCUGCGUGGAACUUCGCAGGCGCCAAUUUUGGAUUCCUUCUCAUUCCCGAAGAUCAAGCCAGUGAAUCGGAUCUAACAUCUGAUCACAUUCAUCUCGCUGGCGGUCCAGAUCAAGCCAAUCUGACGGGGAUUCCUGCCGAUGUUGAAGUAUUUCAUCAACUACAUUGCUUGAAUCUACUUCGAAAGGCGACAUGGUAUAACCAUGAUUACUAUCGAAAGCUCGGCGCAGACGAGUUUCAGCAUCCAGAUCGCACGUUAUCCGUCCACGUUGACCAUUGCAUAGACAAUUUGCGCCAACGGAUCAUGUGUACGGCUGAUGUUGGACUUGUUCCGUUCUACUGGGUCGGAGACGAUGGUCAGACGGAUCCCGAGUUCAGUCGGACGCACACAUGCCGUAAUUUCGAGACCUUGCACGAUUGGAUGAUGCAGCAUAUGGUCACUCUAGACUCCAACGCCACCCUGCUUCCCAGACCAGGCGACUACAGAGUCGACCAUUUUCACUAAUUGAAUGCGCGAUUCGGAGGAGAUGAAUAGUAUACAUCUAGGCGGGGCAGAGAAUUAAUUCCCAAUUAUUAUUAUUUUUAAGAAAAAGAAUAUGUAAAAAACUAUGACUUCUUCAGAUUCACUGCAUUUCCUGGUGACUCUCUGUGCUUCUUCUUGCUAUCUGUGA